GUGUUUCACUCAUCUGCUUCCAGUGGAGUUUGAACUCAGCGGGUCUGUGUGUACCAACUGAGUUAGGCCAGUUGGGCUUAUGUCUUUUUUUCCCCCUUCUUCUUGGCCGCAUAGAUGGCAGAGGAGGACGAGGGUUAGGAGGAGGACAUGGCGCAGGAAGGAGGAGAGAGAAGGGCGUGUGGCGGAGGGCCAGGAGGGCUGGCGAGGAGAGGGAUGGUGGAGCAGCAUGGAGAGGAACUGGCGGAGAAAGGGGAGGACGAGGAGGAGGAGGGAGGAGGAGGAGGAGCAGGUGUGGGAGAAAGUGGCAGAGAAAGGGGAGGAGGAGGAGGUGGUUGGCAGAAGAUAGGGGGGGGAGGAGGAAGAGCAGGUGUGUGCCACCGGCGUGGGAGGGGGGAGGGAGUAGGAGCAGGUGUGAGAGCAGGACAGAGAGCAGGUGGCAGAGGACGGGGAGGAGGAGGUGGAGGAGGAGGAGGAGGGCGCAGAGGAAAGGGUGGGAGGGGUAUGGCUGAGGCCGUGCGAUCUGCAGAGGUGGCAACCAGUGCUGCAAAUGCAUGCACGUCAAGGAUGGCAAGAGCAGAGGAGCAGGAGCAUCACGCGCAGCGUCAGCAGUGGCGACAGGAGGAGGCUGUGACCUGUCGGGCAGAUGAAAGGGAGUGCUUACUGAAAGGGAAAGACUUCUUGAGCUCAAAGAAGAUGUGGAGAGAAGAAGUCAUCGCACAGCGCAACGUUGAUAAUGCCAGAUGGUUGUGGCUUCGAUCUGCCGAGAAGAAUCGCAGAGAUGUAGAGGAACGAUCAGAACACCUACGCGGUGUCUCGGGAUUGGCGGGAAUCGUCACUAAUUUUACAAUGACCACACCUGUCGAGUUCCGCUUUGAUCACUUGAUCGUGCAUUCUGGUCUGAUCACCGCCUAUGGCGGAUCGACAGCCAUCGUGUCGGCCAUGAUGACCCAGGCGGUCAUUCUGUGUGUGUUCUUGUUGGGUUGCGUUCUUAAAGUUGGGAAGACGUACGUGAAGGAGGCCGAGGAGGAGGAGUUCAUGGCGAAUUGUUUAGCCUUCGUGGAGAAUCAACGGACCCAAAGCGAUGUGGAUGACCAUCUCCUCCAUGCUGCAGAAGGAGUACUGCAGGCUGUCUCGCCUGGGACCAGGACGGGGACCACGGCGACAGGGGUACUACAGCCUGUCUCACCUGGGACCAGGACUGGGACCACCGUGAGAAGGGUACUACAGCCUGUCUUACCUGGGACGAGUAGGAGGAACACGGUGAUGCCUCCUCUUCGCCCGGAAGCUGCAGUCAUCGUCGGGCGACCCUGGGGCCCUAGAUCUACGUUUGAGCGCUUUUGGAGCAUGCGGCUCGAGGACCAAUGGGAGUUGGCCUUUGCCUUGUUUGCGCUCGGCGUGUUCUUUUUCUUGUUUACCAUAUUGUUUAUGUUUUGGAUCAAGCUUCAUGACUUACUCAUGACAUGCCUCCUCGUCUCCUUCGUCGUCCUGGCGGUGGCUAUCCCUGCUUUCAUCUACGCUUACUUUACCUGGGGCCCUUACUUGCUGUGGACCCCCAAUUUUGACCAAUCCUCCGCCCCUCCAUCCCUUGAGGCACGGGGUUGUCUGCAGAGAGCAGGGCUUCCGUUUGCCUGGCACUUGCAUUCGUCGCAUCCUCCAGCGAUUCCUGAUCGCCCUGCUGUUCACAUCGAUGUUGCAGACGAGGCAAUUAGCGACCCAGAGAGCUCGGUGGCAGGCUUCUCAUCUGGUGCUUCCUCUUCCAUCUCCCCUUAGGCCCGUGGCAGCAAGACAUUCCAGAUCUUUUCCCCCUCGCCCGCUCAAUGGGAUAUCAGGUGGUAUGAAAUUGCGAAAGCUUGAAUUGGCAUUCAGCUGAACAUCUCAAUGAAGUUCAACGAACCUU